AUGAAUCCGCAAUGUUCAAAAUGUAAAGCAACAAUGAGGAAAUAUAACUACUCAGUAAAAGAGAUAGAAAGAAUGAGAAACGAUUACGCAGACUUAAAGAAAGAAGCAGAAAAGCCAGCAGAAGAUAAAAUGGACAUGUUGACAUUUCUUAAUAAAAACUAUCCCACAGCUGACGAUUUCCUAUUAUCUGACGUCAAGAAGAAGUAUAAAGAAACUUCCGGCAUUGUUAAAACUUUUGACAUACUGACAGAAGAAAUAGAAGCUACGAAAUUGUUUAGAAUCUCACGAAUUCAUAACGUUUACCAUGUAAAACGGUUAUAA